GCGCGUGGGGGAAAAUGUUAAGACUGGUGUUGUGUUGGUUGUGUUGUGGCCGCCGCGGUGCUCCUCCCACCCAACAUUCUCUCUCAAAUGACGCCACAAUGAGCAAGGGCAUACGGAACUUGGUGUCCAAACGAAAGCGCAGGUUCAAAGAAGAUGGCUACGACCUGGAUCUCAGCUAUAUCACAGAUCGUCUUAUCGCCAUGGGCUUCCCUGCUCAGAAGUUGGAGGGUGUCUACAGAAACCAUAUUGAUGACGUAUGCCGCUUCCUAGAAGACAGACACAAGGACCAUUAUAGAAUAUAUAAUUUGUGCUCUGAGAGAAAUCGAUCGUACGACGUAGCAAGAUUCCAUAACCGCGUUAGAACGUUCCCAUUUGCUGACCACAAUCCUCCUCCUCUGAUUGAUAUCGAGCCACUAUGCAAAGAUAUGGCAGAUUGGCUCAAUGAAGAUCAGAAAAAUGUGGCAGUUGUGCACUGUAAGGCUGGAAAGGGCCGAACAGGCGUCAUGAUAUGCUGCUACCUACUUCACUGCCGAUUCAAGAUUUUAGCACAAGAUGCAUUGGACUUUUAUGGAGAUAAGAGAACUUUUGAUAGAAAAGGAGUAACUAUACCCAGCCAAAGAAGAUAUGUGGAGUACUAUGCCAAACUAGUCACCUCAAACUUUAAUUAUAAUCCACCUUAUGUACGUCUCAGGGAAGCCAGAAUGACUGCCCCACUAUCCAGUGUAAAUUCAGAGGUGUAUCUGGUAAUAAGCUCCCAUAGUAACAAAAAAGGAUAUAGCUCACAGCAGUGUGAUGUGCGGAAAGGCAAGGAAUCGAUAUAUCUGCCCGUAAAGGAUGAGGUAGCCAGACCUAUUUCGGGCGAUAUCAAAAUUGAGCUAAAACGAACUAACUUUGUUAGACGAACGGACAAAUUAUUUAGUGCCUGGCUAAAUACGCACUUUAUAUUUGAGGAAGGCAAAAAAUUAACAAAUGGAUGUGAAAUUACUGCAUCUGACCAAAAUAAUCACAAUACCUGCAACACUCAAAAUAUUAGACAAAGAAGUAAUAGUUUCCGUGUGGCCGAACAUAACUGCUUUAGGCACAAGAGACGGGAGUCAGCUGAAGCGAGGGUGCUUCCCGCUGGCCUCGGUGGGGACAGGCAAGACUCUCGCAAGUCUGAGAGGCACAUGCGUGAGCGGGCAGAGAGCAAGAGCCUUCCCACUGGGCAUCUCACCAACUUAACAGAGGAUGACUGGCUUCCCCCUGGGGCUGAUCUCAGUCCCUUUUCACGUCCCCGCCAUCAUAACCGCCACCGACGCCGACACCAUACCCAGCAUCUCCCCGGGUGUGGAGGAGUGGGAGAUUCUUGGGAGGAUGCCCGAGCCGGCGAGCAGGAGGUGCUGGUCGUGUUAAAGAAGGACCAGUUAGAUAAGGCUAACAAAGACACGCAUCACAAAUUGCUACCAGAAGACUUUCAGAUUGAGCUAUGGUGGAUGGUGACGUAUGUAAACAAGGGGGGUAGUAAUGUGUUAGACUCCAGAGAUAGUGGCUCUACGCCAAGCACAAUUACUCCGUCAGGCUCCUCGUCUGACACGGAUGAUGACGACGACGACGAAGAAGAUGAGGACUGGGACUCAGUUCUGUGCUUGCCUGCAUAUUUUGGCCUGAAGCUUAAUACCAAAAAAGUAUGUUGUUGUUGUAUGUAUUAAAGUACUGUAUUUGAUUGACUAUGACUAUAUCAAACUAUCCUGUAAUUGAUUUUUGUUUCUCUUGCAAAUGAAAUUUCUUUUAAUAAUGGACUAUUAUAAGAAAUUAUAAUUACUUGGAAGUUCUGUACCUUAGUCUUUUUCUUGGCUGUUCUAGUUGUGUGUUGUACAUUUAGUGAUUUGAAUUAUAAUUGUCCAAAUUUCAUGUCAUAUACUAGUAUUAAUUUUCAAGAUUGAUUCACAUGAACAUUAUUGAUGUGACAUAUGAGUGUUAUUAGUCAUAGUUUGUUUACUACAAAAAUAAAAUAAAAUAAAACUUUAACCAAAACUUACAAGUAUAUCCUGUGUGAUGUGUUGACUAAAGCAAGUAUGCUGUACAAUGUACAUAAUUUUAUUUAUCAAUCAAAUUAAUAACAUGUUUAUGUAAAUGUUUAUCCCUUAAUUUCUGCAUGUGAUUCUUUUUAUUGAUUUGAUUCUUUUACACUAUGGCAUAUAUAUAUAUAUAUAUAUAUAUAUAUAAUAUAUAUAUAUUUAUUUUUUGCUUUUCUAAUUGUUUACAAGCAGAGAGGCCUUGGCAUCCUUACUUGUGCAUAAUAAUUCAUUAAACUCUAUUACUGAAGCACGAAAUGUGAAUUACGAUACAGUAAUUACAUUAAUUACUGUAUUGUUGAUUGAAUAUAAAAGUACAACAGUUUGUAUUAUUCACUUGAUGAAGAAAGGGAAAAAAAUAAUGUUGAGCUGUUUGAAUAUAAUUUGAAGAAUGUGUUUUCAUAGUUAUUUCAAGUGGUGAUGGAUUAAUUUUUUCAAGAGGUGUACAAAUUAUUUCAAGAGGUGAUAGAUAAAUUGUUUGCUUCGGGAAGGGAUAGGUAAAUUGUUUGCUUCAAGAAGGGAUAGGUAAAUUGUUUGCCUCAAGAAGGGAUAGGUAAAUUGUUUGCCUCAAGAAGGGAUAGGUAAAUUGUUUGCUUCAGUAGGUGAUAGAUAAAUUGUUUGUUUCAAUAGGUGAUAGGUAAAUUGUUUGCUUCAGGAAGGGAUAGGUAAAUUGUUUGCUUCAGGAAGGGAUAGGUAAAUGGUUUGCUUCAAGAAGGGAUAGGUAAAUUGUUUGCUUCAGGAAGGGAUAGGUAAAUUGUUUGCUUCAGGAAGGGAUAGGUAAAUGGUUUGCCUCAAGAAGGGAUAGGUAAAUUGUUUGCUUCAAGAAGGGAUAGGUAAAUUGUUUACUUCAAGAAGGGAUAGGUACAGUUUGCUUUAGGAAGGGAUAGGUAAAUUGUUUGCUACAAGAAGGGAUAGGUAAAUUGCUUCAAUAAGGGAUAGGUAAAUUGUUUGCUUCAAGAAUGGAUAGGUAAAUUGUUUGCUUCAAGAAGGGAUAGGCAAAUUGUUUGCUACAAGUGAUGUUGAAUAAAUUGAUUACCAUGUAAUUUUUUGCUCUACCUUUUUACAAUUAUACUCUCUUGCAUAACGGUAGUUUUCUGUGCUAAACAUUCCUGAUUUUUAUUUUUAUACCAAAAUGCAGUUAAUUGAAAAUCUUCUUUUACCACUUGCAACUAAGAUUUGCAGGUAUUGUUAUCAAUUACUUCCAUUGUUAAUGUAUUGCUAUUUGCCAAUAUCAAAUGCUCCUCAAAGAUGCAUUUUUAUUUGGACAUGCUGUAUGAGUUUGCAUAUUUUGCUUAAUGUGAUCACAUAGCUGGUCCAACUACUGAAUUUGUUAAAAGUAUAAUUGGUGAUGUUCUCUUUAUAGUGCAGUAUAGUACAGUGCAAUCUCGGUUCAGCAAACUAGAUGGGGACCAACCCCCAAUUAGUUGGAGUGAGGGAUUUGUUGCUACAGGGGUACACAAUAAACUAGCUGCCUCCGGCAGCAACAACAGACAAAGAAUUGCUACUUUUGUAUGAUUAAUUAUUUUUGAAUGCGUUGCUGUGUCUGCUUCUAAUGUUUCAUUCAUUUACAAAAUUUGCUAAAACAUGAUUGGAGCCCUAAUAUGUUACUAUUCAUACCUUAAUAAUUCCCUUGCUCUGUGGGCAAAUUUCACAGAGCAAAAUUGUAAUUUCAAGCCAUUAUAUGAUUGACUUUUAUCAGAACAUGUCAUUAAAGAGAUUUCAUCACGUCUAGCAUAUUUCCCAUGCCCUAGCCUUGAAACAUCAUUUUUGAAGAAGGGAGCAUAUUUAGGUGGUCAAAAACUGUGACAACUCAAAAUUGAAGUGAAGAAUAGAAUUCCGUUUGAAAUGUGCUCAAUGACUUACCCACGGCUUCAACUCUUUGUUCUAAUAUGUCCAUCUUGGAAAAUCAUUAAAAAACAUGAUUGGAGCCAUAUUAAGAGUGCUAACAUUCAUGCACUAAUAUUUACCAUGUUCUAUGAGCUGCUUUCACUAAGCAAAUUUUUAAUUUCAACCAUUAUAUGGUAGCAACUUUCCCACAAGUUUGUGAACUCGGGCCCAGCUUCCUUAGCAAAUCCCUUGCUUCACCAUAUCUCCAAACACUUGUUCGGCGAAGUGGGUUAGUAAAUCUGACAUGAAAAGUGUGCGUUGCAACCAAAGAUUCGCCGGGAUGAGGUUUGCUGAAUCGAGGUUACACUGUUCGGUGAAGUUUGUUUCUUGAGCACUGGGGAAAUAUAUGUACUGUACAUUUUAGCAAGUAUAAAGGGGGCAGGAGAUACAAACUGCUGAGAAAGAUGGUGGAAAUUGGAAGAAAGAUAUUACAGUACCUGGUUCAUUUAUGCUCCCUACAUUCUAGCAUUCCAUUGUACUUGCUCUUGAUGCUGUGAAUGGAGAUGCUUUCACCAUAUCUGCCCCAAGCUCUUUCCACUUGCUUACUACUCGCACUGCAUAUGAGUACUUUGUUAUUUCUCCUAUUCAUAUGUUUCCAGUUUCCAUCUGUGCCCUCCCUCAUUCUGCAUUUCUCUGGACAAGGCUUUCUCUCCGCUUACCUGUUUCUCUCUCUACAUUGUAUGUCGUGAUCAUGUCUUCUCCAGACCUUGUUUCUUCUUGGAUUCCCUUAAUUUGUUUUCAUAGUUUAUAAUACACGUUAUGAAGCGAGAGAAUGCGCCUAUUAGGAAGCUCUAGCUCAUCAAUACUUACCAGUGUCUAUGGAGAACAGUAUCUGGCUCUUGGGGUCUGCCUCCUAGCUAUUGGUAUGUGAUGCUUUUAUAUAUAUCAGCAUUAUAGUUCACUGUUGUGUGUCCUCUUGAAACUAAUGGAAAGGUAAUCCACACUUCUCCCAGCGCAUUUCACUUGCCAUCUAUACUACAUCACAUUUUCUUACAUCUUGUACAUAUGUGUGUUUCUUACUAAACCCCAAGUUCUCUUGUCCUAUUAUUACAUAUUUGAGAUUGUGUGACUUUCUCUUAAAAAGACAAUGUCUUAGGGAGAAAGCAUAUGCCUCUUCAGAACUUACAAGCUAGGGUAAUAUAUUAAAAAUAUGCCUGUAGGUAUGUACAAGACGCUCACAAGAUGCUAGAUUUGCACGGUUAAUGAGCAAGAUGAUUAUCAAAUUAAUAUUUAAGACAAUAAUUAGCUAAUGGAAAUAUAUUUAUAGUCCUACUGUACCAUAUUUUUUGUUCGAGUGCCUAUGUUUAAGUUGGUGCAAGGUGAAUAUUGAAGGGAGCACAGGUGUUAUUUAUCUUGACGUGCAAGUGUGGGGAAGCAUGCAUGCGUGUGAAUGCAUUGGUGUCUAUACACAUGCACUGCACAACUCCACGAGUCGAAAAGUAUAUAGGGCUAAGAGUAUAUGAAGAGCCAAGUCUAAUGCUAAAGGUACUUAUUAACAGAAAAACAUUUUGUGAUUAUGUGAAGUUGGCAAAUAUGCCACUUGUCUUGAGAGUAAACAGCUACAGUAAGGAGCCCACACCAAAAAAUGCUCCCUUUGGGCACAGAUAGGCAAGUUUGCACAAUGAAAUUACAAUAACGUAAUGUAUCUAUGGGGUGUCGAGAGAUGAGAAUCCAGUCCAGCUCAUUAUAAGAAUGUGAGAAAAGCUACUGGAAUUAAGUAACAUAUUGCUGGAAGACAGCAGAAUUAAGGGAGACAUGAUUACCGUGUAUACAAUUGAGGGGAAUUGAUGUGGCAGAGAGGACAGACUAUUCAGCAUGAGUGGUACUCAACUAAGGAAGCAAAAAGUGAAACUGACCAACAAUAUAAGCCAUAUUGAUAUUAGAGAUAACUUUCUCACUGUCAGAAGAGUGAACAAAUGGAAUGUACUAAGAUGCAAAAGGGUGGAGGCUGACUCCAUAUACAGUUUCAAAUGUAAAUAUGAUAGAGCUCAGUAGGCAAAGGAAUCUGAACACCAGUUGAUGGAAAGCUAAGAGGCAUUACCCAAGAGCAGACGUUCAGCCCUUACAAGCACAAUUUGGCAAGUUCCCACACUUGUUCUUACACAUUCACAUCCUCUUUUUCAUAUGUACACAUACACACAUAGCCUUCCCUCACAUGCACACAUACAUGUAUCUUUUGCUGCCACAAGAUCGGUGGUUUGAGCCAGCAUCAACACUUAGCGUCAUGUGACAACGAUAAUUGGGAAGAUGGGACACAAAACAUUGCUCUCAUCCUGUAACACUUGCACAAUCUCCACAACCUCCACCCACGUGCACAACCUCCACCCACGUGCACAACCUCCUCCCACGUGCACAACCUCCACCCACGUGCACAACCUCCUCCCACGUGCACAACCUCCACCCACGUGCACAACCUCCACAACCUCCACCCACAUGCUGGCACAAAUACAUUAAUAAUUGUCUUUAAGGCAGGAAAUGCAAAGUUGACAGUAUUCUUCAGCUCCUGCGGGCUUGCUUGUUAAGCUUAUUGAUCAUGGCAAUACAGUAUGUUUGUUACCUCAUCUUUGCUCUUGAAAUAAUUGAGAGAUGCCACCAAAAUUGCAAGUUGUUAAGUUUUACGGAAUGAGUCACAGUAAUGUUGCCAAAAAUUUUACACCGAACCCACAAAUAUGAAAAGAAAGGGACAUUUCCGGCUGUGAUAAGGGUCAAUGACAGACCAAAAUGCCAUUACUUUUUCUUUUAUUUCAUGUGUGUGGGUUGGGUGUCUUAAUUGUUAAGUUUUGUUUUAUACUAUUCAUGUUUUAUAUAUAUCAUUGUUGUCUGUUUACAUGCACUUGUACCUUUCCAUGCUCUGUUUCUCAAAUAUUGGACCAUUAAACAUUAUUCUUGUAACCCUUAUAGUGUUUGGAUGGAUGCUAUUUGCAUGCUUUAUUUUUACUGUAGCAAGGCUCAAUAGUAUGUGUUUUUGGAACUGUCAUACUGAGCAAAGUUUGUCAAUAAAUGAUAACUCUGUAGUCAAAGUAGACGUUAAGAAUGAAUUCAGUGUAUCCAUUUUUUUCUCUCGGUGGAAGACGCCCAGAACACAGCACAAAUGGAAUCGCGAGCUUGUCAUAUUUUUAGCUUGUCAUGGUGCAGCUGAUAGUGUGCGCGCCUGAGAAGUUCAGUGAAGGGGGGGAAGGUUAGAUCUCGUUAUACAACCUCAAUAUUUGUUAGUAAAUCUGUGUUCAUUUGCACGAAUGACAUUGAUAAAUACUAUGCAUUUAAUGAAUGAUUAUAAUUUAAUGUACACUAAGUACUUGCAACAGUAUUUUGUCUUUGAACAAUGAGGCAGGACCUUUGACAAGCCACCGGCUUCCUGUCUGUUUUGAUGCCACUGUAGACAUCAAAAACAGACAUCAGGUAAAUAUCAAAUAAAAAAAAACAUGCCUAGUACAGUACUUUUAUGUGGAAGCAAAUGGAAAAUUUUUGUUGAGGUUCAAAUCUGUUUUAUAAGGUUUUAAUGAUGUAGAGUAUUUUAACAUUCUUCAUUGCUUGGAAAAUAGAGAUGAAAUUUAUUUAAAAUUUAUAAAAAACAAUUUUCUAUAAGCAAUUAAAGGUUGUCAAUUAAAAAUUGACAGCAUAGUAUAUUAUACUCUUGCAAAUUCCAGGUUAAUAUUUAUGUAAAUUUUGGUAAUUAUUAUUCAGAGGAGCCUCGAUUAACGAAUUUAAUCCAUUCCGGCACCGAGCUCGUCAUGUGAAAUGCUCGUCUCGUGAAACGAAUUUCCCCAUUUAAAAUAAUGGAAAUAAAAUUAAUCCGUUCCACCUCCGAAAAACAUCAAUAUGACAUUUAAUAAUGUAAUUAUAAUACAUGUAAUUAUUAUAAAUGUUUUGUUUUCCUGUUUUCAACUGUACUUUACCUUAUGAAGUCGUUGCUGGUUUGAGGGAGAUGAUGGGGGCGGAGGAGAGGGGGUUACAGUGUGGAAGGAGAAUCCACCUCUGAGUCAGGCGAUUUCCUUCUUCAAAUCUACAUUAAUUGUCUGUCUACCUCUUGACAACACUAUCUUUAGCAAGCAGCUUCUUUGGCGACAUCGUGGGUUACAAAUUGUAGUAACAAAAC